AUGGCUAAAUUGAAGAAGACACAGAAUCUACCCAACAUUCACUGGAACGAGAACAAGCACUCACGUGUGUGGAAACUCAUCGCAGAAAUCAGCGCAAAGGCAAAUUACAAGGUCUUGUUUGGUAAAAAAUAUCAACAUGAGCAGAAGCAAAAGCAGAAGCAGAAGCAGAAGCAGAAGCAACCUACUGGUGCAUCAUGCAACCUUCCUUUGAGAAUCAAGCAAAAAAACUCAUUGAUGAACUACAUAGUGAUCCACACUUGGAACCAUGCAGCACUUAAUCUCGAUUGGCUGGUGAGGCUCUGGCGAUGCACUUGCCUAACGGGCAGCAUCUACAAUACCAUAUCGGAUCCCUUCAUCAUACCAGAUGAAGAUGGAUAUCUUUCUUUCAAAUCGUCUUCGUACAUUUGUACAUUCAUCUCUAUGACUCAAAAAUCUUCUGAAGAAUUACAAAAAUCUCUGCCUCCUGAAUACUUUGCCUCCUCCACUCACGCUGAGCCUCACGUGGCUGACAGUGAACAAGAAUUUCUCGAAGAGCAAGUUGGCGGGGGAAGGCGUCAGCUCACUCCUGUCAUCAAAACUCCAACCAAACUCCAGACCCACAUCAAAGCCACCAACCGCGAUGGAGGCUUGGUCAAGGAGGCAUUGCCUAUGCCCCCUGGUCAGGCUCAGCCUGUUCAAGAUUUAUUCUAUGACACUCCUCAGAUCAUCCCUUCCCACUCGCACGAGCCUCCACGGCCGAACUUAUUCGCCACACCUGCCUUUGUGCAGGAGGAUUACAACUUCUGUGGUAUCAACUUCAGUAUUUUGGGUACCAAUGUCGAUGGGGUUCCCAUAGCUGGACCGUCGACAAUGCUGCCUGCAGUCCCUCACACACGGAUCAUUCCUCCGACGCCCACUGUUGGGGACUGGGACACGCCUCAUCCCAAAUUCAUCCCCACGGACAUGGAUUUUGGGUGUCUGGAGUUUAAUCACACCACAGGACUCAGUCUGAAGAGGAUAAAGCGAGAUGGAUUUGAGAGGGAACGUCUAGGCCCUACGAUAACACUAUAUACUACUAUUGGGGCGGAGCUAUCUGAGUAUGAAAGGGUUUACGGCGUCUUAUCAACCAAUCAACUACAAGAAGAGAAGGGUAAAGGGUUCAUAGGGCUAGGGGUAUCGGUAAUUAAGCAGGGGUGGACGGAGAUUAAGAAGGGUGUGAGAGAGUUCUGUGAUAAGAAGUCUCGAGCGGUGAUUAAGGAUCUCGAUUAA